GGUCUACAACUGAGAUCCGUUCCUACAGUGGCGACUUAACUCAAAUUUUGACAAGUCGGAUUCCACCAUUAAAGUCAGAAUUUACAUCAUUUUGUAUACAAAACAAAUACAUCGAAAUAAACAAGCUGAUGUACUUAGCAUUACUGCUUGAAGGUGGAUGGAGAAGAAGAAGGGGAGGCUGUGCUUAGCUAUUGCGAAGGAAUCUGGUCCUCAAUCCUCUCCAUCUCGACAAGUAUCAAAGAACCUUGUUUUGUGAUAAUUGUAACCCUGACACAGGAAUGGGACCCUUCACAAGCGCUAAAAUAUGGGCUUUGUCUUUAAUCAUUUUCACCAGGGUCGACCAACUGUAGCCUUGGUGGUGUCGGCGUCUCUCCUUUCGCCAAUCUUUUUAUGAUUUUGAGCUUCGUUUCCGUGGUAAUGGAUUUUCCUUUGGCUGCAGAAGCAUUGCUAAAAGACACAGCUUUCUUCUUUGGAGUGAUCAUGUCUCAAAAGGAGGGCGAAAAAUCCAAAGAUACUCCCGGCGCACAAACACGGACAAGCAUUAGCCAGAAAAAAAUGGCGGACGGGGGACGGCAUUGUAAAGUUGAAACAUCUUAGAUCGAGACAGUCUUAACACGAGGACUCGCUGUAUUGCAUCAUCUGUUCAUGUACCUGAUUUCAGCACUGGGGGCCACAUGAUAAAUAGAAGAUUUGAUACGGAGAUCACGCCAUGUUUUAAGGCAAGAGAUCACAUUGAAAUCAAAAUGUGCUUGCUAAUUUUUUUUUAUUCAUAUCUGUAUAGAUUCUCGGUCAACCAGGUCACGGUAAUCCCUAAAGGCUGAAUCGUAGCAACCGGACUCUUCUUUCUUGUUUAUUAUUUUUUUUGUUUUGUCUUUCCAUAGUUUCUUUUUGAAAGCAAAACAAAUUACUUAGGUGCAUUAUACUAAGAAUAUGUUAAAACAAUUUGGAUUACUUGCUUAGUACUGUAUCUGCUUGGAGACGGUUAGAAAAAAAAUGGGCGUGUAGUGCUUUGUCGUAAAAAAUAUGCUGCUACUGUCACUUUAAGGGAAUUUGGUCGCAACCAGCCAAUCAGGGGCACGCAGGGGGAGGAAAGGGAGCGGGGUGGGUAGCAACAGUUGCCCUGGUGAGGACGAAGCGCCAUAGCCACGGUAGCCCUGGCGACAAGAACCCGGCAACGAGAAUCAACAACAACAACGACUCAAUCGGCCAUAAAUUUAAAAGAAGAGCUUUUAACGCCGGGAAAUACAUACGUGGAAUCACAGGGUGAUCUCUGCGCCGGUGUAAUGGCUACCUCGGGCUACGUCGGCGAGAUCCAGCCUGCAGCCCCAUCUCAAGGGACUGUUGUCACAUCUGGACAGCCCGAUGCUAGCUCCACUCCUGCAUCAGCCCCUCAGUUCCUGGCUGAGAUUCAGACCACGGUGGUUACCCCAACCGUUGUCACCCCGACAGCUCAGACUCCGCCCACUGAACAAGCCACUUCCAUCAGCACUCAGAAGCCGAGUGCCGGCAGUCAAACCCAGGCCGCACCUCAAACCCAGCCCGCACAGACACAUUAUGUAACAGCAGAAAUCCAAGGCUCCCCCACACAGUCUGGAAACGGCCAAAGUGCUCCUCAGUACAUCGUUGUUACAGUUACAGCAGAGGGCUCUCUCCACUCAAGCGACAGUGUAUCCGACUCGAAUUCCCCUCCAACUGUCGUGCAGACAGGAGUGCCCACGCAGGUCGUUCAACAGGUCCAAACUUCUCAGCAGAGGUCUGUGGUCCAGGCCACCUCUCAGAUAGCUAAGACGGAGGCCAGCACGCAGCUCAGCGUCACCAGUCUACAGCCUGUUCAUCUCAGCCCAGAGGUCCAACAGCAGCUUACACCAGUGCAGGUCCAACAUGUGUACACUAAUCAGGUGCAGUAUGUGGAAGGAGGAGAUGCCAACUACACCACCAGCACUAUUCGUUCCGGCACCUUCCCCUAUACUGACACAGCCAUGUACACCCAGACCACCUCUGGCCAGUAUUACGAAGGUCAGCCAAGCUCAGGCUCACAGGCCUCCACCCCCGGUACGCCUCUAACAGUCUCAGUGACCACUGGCACAACAGGAGCCGUGUCCAUGUUUGUGGCACAGCCUAGCAGUGCAACGGGGGCAGCGGCCACUGUGGUAUCCUCAGGUGGUUCUGCAAAUGGGUCAGGGGAUGGGGCGGGCACUAAUGGUGGUGCCACAGGAAGUUACGUGAUCCAGGGGGGUUACAUGUUGGGCAGCAGCAGCAGCAGCAGUAGCAGCGGCGGGUCAGCUGGCAACAGCCAGAGCUACUCCCACACCGCCCGCACCUCCCCGGCCACUGUGAGUAUAACAGAGGGCGAGGAGAGUAGCGUGCCGUCGGCAGACAAGAAGGUACAGUGGUUGCUGGACAACUACGAGACUGCCGAAGGCGUCAGUCUGCCACGCUCGACCCUCUACUGCCACUACCUGCUACACUGUCAGGAGCAGAAGCUCGAGCCUGUUAAUGCCGCCUCUUUCGGGAAACUCAUUCGCUCCGUUUUCAUGGGACUACGUACACGGCGCCUCGGCACACGGGGCAAUUCUAAAUACCAUUAUUAUGGUCUGAGAAUCAAGGCAGGCUCUUCUCUUCUCCGCCUAAUGGAAGAUCAGCAGCAUCUGGCUAUGAGACAGCAGCCCUUCUCUCAAAAACAAAGGUUGAAGCCCGUGCAUAAAGUGGAGGGAAUGACCAAUGGGACAGCUUCGGGAGCAGGACAGCAGCAACUUCAACAACACGGUUCUGGACAGGUGGACAUCAGCACUCAGGUUCAACAGUACCAGCAGUUCCUUGAUGCAACCAGAACACUGCCAGAGUUCCCAGAUAUUGACCUCCAGGGGAAGCCCCCACCUGAGGGUAUUGAACUGGAUCAUAUAAAGAGCUUUCAGCUGCUCUACAGAGAACACUGUGAGGCCAUACUGGAUGUGAUGGUCAAUUUACAAUUUACCCUGGUGGAAACCCUAUGGAAAAGCUUCUGGAGGUUCAGUCAGAGUCAAGCUGGAGAUGCCACACUGGCUGUUCACGAUGAAUCGGAAAAGCGUCUCCCAAAAUCCUGCCUGGUGCUGCUGUGCAAGUAUGACCCGGUGCUCCGUUGGAGCCGUGACUGUGACAACAGCCUAUAUCAGGGCCUGGUGGAGAUCCUCAUCCCUGACGUCCUCAGGCCAAUACCCAGUGCCUUAACUCAAGCCAUCCGGAACUUUGCCAAAAGCCUGGAAAGCUGGCUGACCAAUGCAAUGAUGAACAUCCCUGAGGAAAUGGUUCGCAUCAAGGUAACAUCAGCCAAUGCAUUUGCCCAGACACUGCGACGCUACACCAGUCUUAACCACCUGGCCCAGGCGGCCCGUGCUGUCCUCCAGAACACGGCCCAGAUCAACCAAAUGCUCUCUGACCUCAAUCGUGUUGACUUUGCUAACGUUCAGGAGCAGGCUUCCUGGGUGUGCCGCUGUGAAGAUCGCGUCGUCCAACGACUUGAGCAGGACUUUAAGGUGACACUCCAACAGCAGAACUCCUUGGAGCAGUGGGCUGCCUGGCUUGAUGGCGUGGUUUCCCAGGUGUUAAAACCCCACCAACACAGUCCUACCUUCCCCAAGGCUGCUAAGCUGUUCCUGCUCAAGUGGUCCUUUUAUAGUUCCAUGGUGAUUCGGGACCUGACACUGCGGAGCGCUGCCAGUUUUGGCUCCUUUCACCUGAUCCGCCUUCUGUACGACGAGUACAUGUACUACCUGAUAGAGCACAGAGUAGCCCAGGCUAAAGGCGAGACCCCCAUUGCUGUCAUGGGAGAGUUUGCCAGUUUGGGACGAGGUCUAAACAUGCUGGACGGUGACAAAGAAGAAGAAGAGGAGGAGGAGGAGGAAAGCGACGAGGAAAGUCAGGAGCUGUCCUUACCUGCAGAUGCCGUUGUGUUAGGUGAUGAGUCUCUGGAGCCUCCCGCCAAGCUGGCCAGAACAGACCAGAGGGUCCUCUUCACUGCAGGACCGGCUGAUAACUAACCAGCACGAGACCACUCAAAGGAAGAACUUGAUCAUAUAAAAAGAAGACACGUGUAUGUACAGGCGCUAUUGUAAAUGUUGUGAAAAGUUUUGCUGCAGUCUGUCCUGCUUAUUGUUACUCUCUUUUGCUGGUAAAUGCACACACAUAUUUGUUUGGUGGAUUAAAUCAUCACAUAAGUGGAUUGGAUAAACCAGAUCCCCUUAUACAAAAAAAAUUGCAAUUGAGUACAUCUGGAAGAAGGAAUUUUGCCUAGUUACUGCAUUGGUACUUAGAGCCUGGCUCUGUCCUGUCUGUGAAACUAGUGACUCGAUUUUUCUCAGAAUGUCACUGCUUGAUAAAAGAAUAAAAAAAAAAAAUCGCGUGUAUAACUGGACCUUAAGCGCUUAAUAAUUGCCAAUAUUUUUAGGGUUUUUCUUUUUUUUUUACAGGAAAUUCAAAGUUGUGGGAAGUUUUGGUGUGUAUUCUCAAUGUGUUUGAGUGAAAAUGGAGCGCACAUCAAGUGUGUAAGUCUGAUUGUGUGGUUGGGAAUAACAGCUUGGUUUUCACCCGCAGGCAAUUCUCAAGACUAUUUUUCAUUUUACCAUGGGAGAAAUGUUUAAUAUUACUGGCCUGUAAAGAGACAUUAGUGUUUUCUCGGAGUGCCUGUCACAGCUGCUACCCACGUGUACAGAUAAAGCUUCUGUGGUAUAAGGACUCCCAUGUGUUGCGAGCAAAACUUUUCAUUGUGUGUCACAUUUUUUCCCCCAAUUGCUUCACCCCCAUUUUCAUUUAGAAAAUUCUUGCACCGUCAUUAUCUUCCAGAUAAUAGUUUUGUCCUCUGCCAUCAUAUUUUUCUCUCUGCGCAAAGCCUUUUAUUUUAUCCUUGUUGGAAAUGUUUUUUUUUCUUUCUGUGCCUGAUUAAGAAUAGUGGCAUAGGCCACUGUUAAACUUUUUAUUCUUUUAAAUUUUAUUGUCACUAAGUGAACCUGUUGUGCAGUGUAUGGUGCGGUGAUGUCACACAUUGUAGACAAUCCAUGUAUGAAUUAUCGUUUUUUUUUUUUUUUUAUUGUAUGCUCUGUUAUCGAUCCUCACGUUAUAUCUCGACUUAUCCUCACAGGCUGUACUUUAGCCUCCUUGCACAUAUUGUCUUACACCAAUUCUGCCACAAUUCUCUUGAGAACUUUUUCAUCUUCUUUUAUAUGUUGUGUGUUAAAUUGUGAGGUGCAGGUGUCACUUUUCAAAUGAACAUCACAUCCCUUUUGAAGAGUGUGGUGACACUGAAUAUACUUUGUCCUCCGGCAUAUCCAUCAAUGCAUUCCUGCCAAUGGCUUUGUUUUGCAUCAUAAACCCAUCUUCGUAAAAACACUCUGUCACGAUUGGUUAGUAUCGGCAUGCCAGUUCGGGAUUUUAUUUUGACUUUUUAGUUGCCUCUUACGUGGCCCUACAUUUUUUAAGGGCUGUUUGAAGCCUCAAAUCUAUAAUUUUUAGGGAGUCCAAAUCUAACCACAGCUGAUAAUACAUCAUGCUAGUCUUGAAAUGAUAAAAAUAUGUCAUUGUUUAAUAAAAUGUUGAAUCUUUUUUUUUUUACAUGCAUUGUUUCUUAAGAACAACACAGAGUUAAGAUGUUCAGUGGCAGUGUUUUAUGGAUUUGGUCUACUGUAUGUAUGACUGUGCCUUUGGAGGUGGUAGAAUG